AAAGAGUCCAUUGCUAUGAAAUUAUGUCAAUAUUAAGCCAAGGGGCAUAUUGAGUAUUUGAGUUAAAGUUUGUUGGUGCAGUUUAAAGUAUUGAAGAAACUGGGGAUAAAAUACAUGAUUUAUAGCCAUGGAAUAUGACAAAGAAUUUAACGCUAGAUAUUUAACAGGUGGUAUGGAUAACGAAGACCAAACAAUCCAGAACGACCAGACCAAUGGAACGAAUGGAACUGGUUCUGAGGGAUUUUUCGGUUCGUCCAAUCCCUUCGAUAGUUUUGGCUCGGCACUUUCUGGGGCUGCUGACAGUAUCAAGACAGGUUUUGAACAAACGAAAGAAGGCCUGAUGCACAAGAUGGAGGACUACAAAGAGGACGUCAACCACUUUGGAAACGAUUUAAACAAGCAAGCAUGUGAUUAUAAAGAUGACUUUUCUGAAAAAGCUGAACACAUUACGGAUCAAAUCCACGGCUUUGGUGAUAAAAUUAGUGAUGCAAAGGAUAACUUAGCUGAAAGCAUGACAGAAAAGACCGAUUCUUUGAAAGAAAGCUUCACGGAAAAGACCGAAGAUUUUCAAGGAAAUGGAGAAGAGUUCGGUAAAGUUUUAACGGAGAGUAUGAACGAAACAAAGGACGAUUUUAGUGAAAAAUUUGACAAGUUUGGCGAGAACAUUUCGAACAAAGCUGAAAGCUUAAGUGAUAACGUAUCUAAUCAGGCUGAGAGUUACGGUGAACAAUUUUCAAAUCAGGCUGAAAGUUUUGGUGAUAAUAUUGAGGAUCAAACGGAUUAUAUCAAGGAAGGUUUCCGAGAUCGAUCUAACGAUUUUAAGGAUAAUAUCAGUGACUAUGGACAAACUAUUUCAAUUAGUAUCACAGACAAAGCCGAAGAUGUUAAAAGUGGUUUUAGUGAAUUCAGUGAAACUGUUUCUUCAAAGGCUCAAGAUGUAAGGGAUGAUGUGGGUGAUUUUGGAGAAAGUGUUGCCACAAAGACACAGGAUCUCAAAGAAGAUGUUGGAGAAUUUGGAGAUAGUGUUACUACUAAAGCACAAGAAUUUCAGGAUCAUGUUUCUGAAAAUAUCUCUACAAAAGAACAGGAUUUUCAGGACAGUGUUGGUGAAUAUCAGGAAAAAGUUUCCGAAAAAGCACAGGAUUUCCAGGACAAUGUUGGUGGAUUUCGAGAUGAUAUUUCUGAAAACAUCUCCACAAAAGCACAGGAUUUUCAGGACAAUGUUGGUGAAUAUCAGGAAAAAGUUUCCGAAACUAUCUCUACAAAAGCACAGGAAUUUCAAGAGAGUGUCGGUGAAUUGCAAGAUGAUGUUUCAGAGAAUAUCUCUGCAAGAGCCCAGGAAAUCCAAGAUAAUGUCGGAGAAAUAAGUAAGGAUGUUUCCGACGACAUCUCCACAAAAGUACAGGAUUUGAGUGAAAGGGUUGAGGACCAUCAAGACAAUUUUGCAGACAGUGUUUCAGAAAAAGCCAGUGAUAUUAGGGGAAAUGUAAAUGAAUUCGGUGAAGACCUUUCUGGGGAAAUUGUCGGAAAGGCAACAGAAUUUGGAGAAGGUAUUGGUGAAUUUGGAGCCAGUGUUACUGAAAAGGGUAAGGAAAUUUCUUCCGAGUUGGAUGAAAAAGCUGACAGUUUCAAAGAAAACAUGACAGAAUUGGGGGAUAAUGCACUUGAUCAAGGAAAAGAGUUAACAGCAGAUUUCGAAGGUAAAACAGUAACAUUUGGAGAAGAUAUUUCUGGUAGAGCCGAAGGUUAUUCUGAAGAUUUCAGAGAAAAUAUUAGUGACCAAUUUGAAUCUAUUUCUACAAAGGCACAGGAUCUGGAUGAAAGUUAUGAGGAUUAUGAACAAGAUGAAGAUGAAUUUAAGGAAAAUGUUAAUCAGUUUGCUGGAAAUCUUGCUGAUCAACUUUCAUCUAAGGCUGAGGAUGUCAAAGAAAAUCUGAGCCAAUUUGCAGACAACAUUUCCGGAAGAGCACAGGAUAUGAGAGAAGAUGUAGAUGAAUUUGUGGACCAAACGGCAGAAAAAAGUAUUGAAAUGAAAGACAAUUUUGGAGAAAGAGCAGAAGCUUAUGGUGCAGACUUAUCAGAAGCAGCACAGGAUCUCAAAGGAAAUGUUGAUGACUUUGGAGAGUCUGUUGAAGAAGCAAUAGAUAAUAAACAAGCGGAAAUGGUUGAAGGAGCUAAAGGAUUUCAAGAUGAUGCUGAAGAUGACCUUUCCCGUAAAGCCCAGGGCAUAGUAGCUAAUGCACAACAAUAUGGACUGGAACAAGCAAAUGCCAUGGAAGAACAAAUAACUGGUCUGGCAGACAAGGGAUCUGGAAAGAUAGACAGUUUGACUGACUUUGCAGAUGAACAGAAACCAGACAUCAUUGAUGAUAUAAAAAAUUUUGAUGAAAACCUCUCCAAUCAAACAGAAGAAUUUGAGGAUAACAUGAAUGGUUUAAACCAAGAUAAUGAUCUUGCAGAAAGCAUGGGUUCUGUAACCCAAAAAGUUGUGGAUACUGAGAGUGAUGAUAUCGAUGUGGACAAUUUGCCUCAAGCUGUGAUCUCUGGAACAAUAGAUGCUAUUGGUGAAACUCUAAAAGAAGGGUAUGAAAAGGUUGCAGCACCAGUGGAAGCUGUUGUGACUGAAUCAGUUGAAAAGACUUCAAGUGAAAUUCAUGAACAGGAAUCAUUCGAUGAUGAAACAGAUGAAGAUAUGGAUGCACCUGCAGCAUUAACUGAACCAAUAACACCAGAACCCCAACAAAGUGAAGGUGGAUUUGGUGAAACUAUUUCAAAUGUCACAAGUACAAUCAGCGACGUUGUUAGCAGUGGAGCAGAAAAAGCAGCAUCAAUAUUUCAGAGUGAAGAACGUCCAGCAGAGGUUUCUGCACCUCAAACAAAUGUAGAGCCAAUAGAAUCAGAACCCGAACAAAGUGAAGGUGGAUUUGGUGAAGCUAUUUCAAAUGUCACAAGCACAAUCAGUGACUUUGUUAGCAGUGGAGCAGAAAAAGCAGCAUCAAUAUUUCAGAGUGAAGAACGUCCAGCAGAGGUUUCUGCACCUCAAACAAAUAUAGAGCCAAUAGAAUCAGAACCCCUCAAAAGUGAAGGUGGAUUUGGUGAAGCUAUUUCAAAUGUCACAAGCACGAUCAGCAACCUUGUUAGCAGUGGAGCAGAAAAAGCAGAAUCAAUGUUUCAGAGUGAAGAAUGUCCAGCAGAGGUUUCUGAACCUCAAACAAAUAUAGAGCCAAUAGAAUCAGAACUCCAAAAAAGUGAAGGUGGAUUUGGUGAAACUAUUUCAGAUGUCACAAGCACAAUCAGCGACGUUGUUAGCAGUGGAGCGGAAAAAGCAGAUUCAUUGUUUCAGAGUGAAGAACGUCCAGCAGAGGUUUCUGCACCUCAAACAAAUAUAGAAUCAAUAGAAUCAGAACCCGAACAAAGUGAAGGUGGAUUUGGUGAAACUAUUUCAAACGUCACAAGCACAAUCAGCGACUUUGUUAGCAGUGGAGCAGAAAAAGCAGCUUCAGUUUUUCAGAGUGAGGAAAGUCCAGCAGAGGUUCCUGCACCUCAAACAGAGGUAGAACCUGAAUCUCAACCACGUGAAAGUGGAGUUGGUCAAGCUUUUACUGAAGCAACAAAUAGUAUUGGAGACUUUAUGAGCAGCGGAGCUGACAAGGCUGCAUCAUUAUUUCAUAGUGAGGAGACUUCUGCCGUAGUUCCAGAAGCUGCAACUUCACAAUCUUUGUCUGAUGAAAGAUAUGAACAAGAUGAGGAUGAGAUUGAGGAAGAUGAUUACACAGAUGAUGAAGUUUCUGUUGCCAGUGAGAAAGAAUCAGCAGGAUUUUUCAGUGGAAUAUCAAGUGGUCUAACUAGUCUAAAGGACCAGGUUGUCAGCACAGGCAGUGAAUUCAUCCAUGAUGCUAAAGAAACAAUCUCUGGAACUGUUGAAAAUGUCAGUGACAGUGUAAAGGAUGUUUUUAACCUGGAAUCAAAAGUCAAAGUAGAAGAUAAAGACACAGAAGAAGUUACUGAGAAACCAGGAAUGCUUUUGAGUGAAACUGAUCAAAUUGAAAGUCCUGUUGAUGAGAGUCCUGUGGACAUUAACACUGGAACCAAUAUCGACAUAAUGACUAGCAGCAUUAUUGGUGCAGAACAGUUGGAGACUUCUGUAGAUGAUUCCAAAGCAAUAGACCUUGCAACUAAUUCUGUCCUGCAACAAGGUGAUCAAAGACAAAUCCCUGUUGAUGACGUUGAUGACAUCGAAGCCAUGAAUAAAUCUAAUGCUAAUGUUGGAACCAAUAUUGACAUUAUGAGCUCUAGCAUCUAUGAACCAGGCAUGGAAGAUGAAGGGGAUGAAGUGGAAGUGAUGGAUGAGGAACCAAAUGUACAGGGUGGAACAAGUGAUUUGAUGAGUUCAAGCCUUUAUAUGCCCAGUGAAAAUGAAAUGACAGGAGACAUUGAGUCUGAAAGGACUUCGUCAACACAAAGCACAGAGGAAGUCAUACAGAGCACUGAAACUAAUGAACCAGAGCAUACUUCAAUACAAAGCAUAGAGGAUGCCUCUAAGAGUGAAUCUUCAGAGCCAGAGCAGAUCUCAAUCCAAAGCACCAAGGAAGUACAUGAAGAUUAUGAAGACUCUUUGCAACGGGAUGUUAUGCCACCUGAACCAUGUGAAAUAGCGCAACCGGUUUAUGAAGAACCCCGAAUUCUAGAUGAUCAACAAAUUCAAGAAGAAACAAAGGUCCAAGAAAAAGAAGAAUCAAUUCAAGUAGAUGAACCAGUCAUCGAGAAGCCAGUACAACAAGAAACAACAGAACCAAAAGAGGAAGAACCUGUGCAAGUAGAAGCACAGGUGCCCCUUAAGAAGACUAUUCCAGAACCCAGCAAAGAAAGUAAAAAGCCCAGUUCCAAAGCUUCUACUCCUAGUCCUAAAAAAACACCAGUACCCGCAAAACUUCAAACUAGUCCUAAAAAAUCAGUGAAAAGUACAGUAAAAAGCACUGAGAAACUAACCAAACCACUGAAAAGUCCAGAUAAAUCCCCGAAAAAGCCAGCCCCUCCUAAAACUGUAACAAAUGGCACAGCCGAAAAAAAGAAAACCCCAACAAACAUUUCGUCUGUAACCGAACGUCUUUCACAACCUAAAGUGCGCCAUGAAAUCUCACCAGUUGUUUCAGAAGCAACACCAAGAUCCCGACCAAGAACAAUAGCACAUAGCCGAAGAUCUGGGGAUACUCCAGGUUAUUUGGCUGGAACAUUAAGCUCUAAGAGCUGUGAAAGAAAGAAGUAUGAGCUGUGA